AUGGCACUUGUAACUGACACUCCAACCAUCGCUGAGGUCGACAUGGGUUCCGAUUUCAACGAACUCACCGUUCGAGCCACCGUUGUUCAGGCUUCCACCGUCUUCUACGACACUCCCGCCACUUUAGAUAAGGCUGAGAGAUUGCUAGCUGAAGCUGCCAGUUAUGGCUCCCAGCUUGUUGUGUUUCCUGAAGCAUUUAUCGGUGGCUAUCCGCGUGGUUCUAGUUUUGAUGUUACUAUUGGUAGGCGCACAGACAAGGGUAGAGAAGAGUUCAGGAAGUAUCGUUUAGCGGCAAUUGAUGUUCCUGGUCCUGAGGUGGAUAGAUUGGCAGCAAUGGCAGGAAAGUAUAAAGUACAUUUAGUGAUGGGUGUGAUAGAGAGGGAUGGCUACACACUUUAUUGUACUGUCCUCUUCUUUGAUUCUCAAGGUCAUUACUUAGGAAAGCAUAGGAAAAUCAUGCCAACUGCAAUCGAACGGGUUAUCUGGGGAUUUGGAGAUGGAUCCACCAUUCCAGUGUUUGAAACUCCAAUUGGAAAAAUAGGUGCUGCCAUUUGUUGGGAGAAUAAGAUGCCACUAUUAAGAACAGCCAUGUAUGCUAAAGGUGUGGAAAUAUAUUGUGCACCAACUGCUGAUUUCAGGGACUUGUGGCAAGCUUCGAUGAAGCAUAUUGCACAUGAAGGUGGAUGCUUUGUUUUGUCAGUAAACCAGUUCUGUAGGAGGAAGGAUUAUCCUCCUGCUCCAGAGUAUGUUUUUCAAGGUUUAGAAGAUGACCUCACACCUGAUUCUGUUGUAUGUGCUGGAGGUAGUGUCAUUAUAUCACCGUCAGGGGCUGUUUUGGCUGGACCAAAUUAUGAGGGUGAGGCGCUGAUAUCAGCAGACCUAGAUUUUGGGGAAAUAGCAAGAGCUAAGUUCGAUUUUGAUGUUGUUGGACACUAUGCAAGACCUGAAGUGCUCAGCUUGAUUGUCAAGGACCAUCCAACAAAUCCAGUUACUUUUGCCUCGACAGCAACAAAAACUGAAGAGAAGACCAAGUAG